GCGUCAAGACUUGUGCACAUCUGUUUUUGGCAGGGUCGCAGAGUUGCGUGGGAGGGACUAUUUCAGUGUGUAUGUGUGUGUGUGAGCACGCUCUGCGCCUGAACUUUUUUGCGGAACUCUGUAAUUCGCAGCAGAUGACCACUUGGGGGGAUGGAGUCUUUUCAGGGAGGUGAGCGUUUCCUCAGACUGCAUCAGAGCGCACUGCACAAAUUAAUUUGCUGUGUUGAUGCUGCUAAGUGAUGGAGCCGCGUGCUUGAUGUGUGCAGCGCUUUUCUCCCCACGUUUCAGAGCAACAAGUGGAUUAUGGACGAGUCGAUCUCGAGUGUGAGAGAGGAGAGGGGCGCCUGCACCUGAACUAAACAAAGCGAAUGCUGCAUCAGCCUCAGGCUGUGCCAGCCGCGCGGUGGGAAUGGAUACCGGCAAUUUCCUGGCGGGCAUAUGCGUUUUCCUGCUGGCUCUCAAUGGCUUCAGCUCUUCCUCACCGACGACAAGCCAUUGUCCCGACCGCUGUGACUGUCAGCACGCGCAGCACCUCAUGUGCACCAACCGCGGGUUGCGCACUGUGCCCAAACCUGUCGCGCGGGUGUCCGAGGAGGUGCUGAUCUUCAGCCUUGGGGGAAAUUUCAUUGGCAACAUCUCUGCCUUCGAUUUCACACGGUACAGUAACCUUGUGAGGUUGAAUUUGCAGUACAAUCAAAUACAAAACAUCCAGCCAAAAGCAUUUGAGAAACUCUCCAAGUUGGAAGAGCUGUACUUGGGACACAAUCUAUUAUUAAAUAUACCCGCCGGGACUUUACAGCCCCUGAAGAAACUAACUAUUCUUUAUGGAAAUAAUAAUAACAUUAAGAAAAUCACACCGGAACUGUUUGCCAACUUGGAUAAUCUUGUUAAAUUGCGGCUGGACGGAAAUUCAAUUGAAGUUCUUCAGGACUCUGUUUUUAAAAGUUUGACCAGUCUACAUUAUCUCCAUCUGGAAUUCAACAAGGUGCAGCAUAUUCACAGAAACGCUUUCUCUAAACUCACCAAUCUGCGCUUUCUAAACCUGGCCCACAACAAGCAGUCAGCCCUGCGCAAUGCCCUCACUUUUUCCCAGCUCAGAGCUCUGACAACUUUGCUGCUGUCUGAAAAUGAAAUUCAGCACAUCGGAAACCACGUCUUCCAAAAUCUUAAAAAGCUUUCUAAAUUGUCCCUCAGCAACAACAAGAUCUCUCGUCUGGAAAGCGGCGCUCUAAAGGGGCUGUCGAGUCUCAGAGAGCUCUUGAUUGACGGCAACGUGCUGGAGGAAAUCCCCGCCGGUCUCCUCGACUCCCUGGAGCGCAUCGAGGUGCUUGACUUCAGUGGCAACCGGAUUUCCAGUGUGGACUCUUUGGCGUUUUCGCAACUGAAACAUCUGAAGGUGCUGAAGCUGAAGAACAACAUGCUCACCAGCCUGUCCGGGGACAUUUUUGCCCUCAACAACGUGCUUUACGACUUGGAUCUCCAUGGCAACAACUGGACGUGCGACUGUCGUCUGGAGGACUUGAAAAGAUGGAUGAAUGCUGCACAUUCUCAGGGCAAAUUGUUGACUGUUUUUGUGCAAUGUCACCAUCCAGCAACUCUGAGGGGGAAAUACCUGGACUAUGUGAACAGUUCCGAGCUGCAGCCCCUCAGCAACUUGACCCACUUGUGUAGUAACCAAGCUGGGCCUGAGGAGAGCCGGGGAGGGGGUGUGUUAGUUAAGUCGGGAGGUAAAGUGAUAGAUGCAAUAAAGCAGGAGGACAGAGGUGAACAUGGCCAGGUUGAGGAGACAGAAGGCGUAGAUUUGAGGCAGCCAGACAAGGAUAGAGUGAUAAUGAGGAAAGAGGGAGAGAAAAGGAAGAGAGAGGGACAGGAGGAGCUGGAAAUCCAGGGGGACCAAGGGGGUGUAGAGGGGUCAGCACGGUCUUCUUUACUGGAAAGAAAGAAACCAAAGAAAGAGACGCUCAGCCCAAGAUCACGACCUGCUGCAGAGGCUAUUUCAAAACGUGCCAAAGGGAGACGAAGGUCACAUGUCAUUUCCAGAACUGAUUCACCAGCUAUUUUCACACCAAGUCAUGCUCUAAUCCAGGACAAAAACAACACUGAUCUGAACGCAGGGUUCCCCACCACCUCUCCUGUCCAGCCACAGGAAAAGUUUGAUCUUCUGAGGUCAGAUCAGGAGAAGUCCCUACCUGUAAUCACAGAUCCGUGUGUGUUCAACCGCCAUUUUAUCAGUAAUGUUUCAGUGGAUCAUGUGACAUCUAGUACUGUCACCGUCUACUGGACCACCAAGGAUCAUCACCGCUACACACCUGGACCUGGGCCAGGCCUUAAUGAAGUCCACUACCGGAUUCUGUUUGACCGGUUUGGCACCCCAGAUCGUUUUCCCCGCUAUGUUUACACUCGUGGCACAGCUAGCUCCGUAACCCUCAGAGAACUCAGCUCAGAUGUGACCUACAUGGUCUGUGUGGAAGGAGUAGUGGGAGGAUCCGUGUGCCAAGUUGCACCCCGUGACCACUGUGCAGGGCUGGUCACUCUCCCUGAGGGGUUAAACCGUGGAGGCACGCUGACCUCAGACCUACAGGUGGUGACGGUGGCCACGUUGGCCGGGAAUGCCAUGCUGCUGCUUCUCAUUGGCGGCAUCUGGCUUGGGCGGAGCCUGAAGCGGAAGUUGCAGAGAAGGAAAUCGGCCGUGCAUGUGCGGCACAUGUAUUCCACCAGGCGGCCGUUUCGUCCCACCAUUGCCACGGCUUCGGUUUCCACUGACUUUACCAGUUACCAAAGUAGUCGUCCAGCACGACUUGCACCCCUAGAGGAAGGGGAUCUCAUUGAGUUCCCUUGUGACCGCUUUCUGGAUAACAACAGUGUUCGCAGAGACAGUGACAUGCAGAGGUUCUCUGACUAGAACCAUAAAGACUUGACACUGUACAACAUAAAAAUAUGUGAAUCUUUAGUCUAAUCUUCAGAAUACAGAAAAUACAACAUCCACACUCUAGUGUCCGCACAGUCAAAUGCAACAUUUAAAACAUGCCUCUGUUUGUGGCUGUGAACAAACCAAGUCAUCAAUCCCACCAUUUUGUGUUUUGGUUUUUCAUUUGACCACAAGAAAACAUUUAAACCGACAACAGAACAGCUGAGCUCAUCAGUGCCUUUUCAGACACCAGAGGAAGUCCAAUCCCUCUGACCUCCUCUUCCUGCUUUGGGCCUUUCCUCUUUCAUUUCCUUGCACCUGUGAGUGUUUCUAAAUGUGUGAUUUGUUGAUUGCAAGUGCGUAUGCAUGAGUGAUUGAUCACUGAUUUCAACUAUGGUGCUAAUAUUGAGUUCAUAGACAUCAUAUUGUCUCAUAUUUGUACAGUGUGUAAUGAUGGCUGCUGGUUGGCAGGAAAAAACACUUUUGUAUCACAUCUAUCAUGGUUUAUACUUUUAUAUAUAAUUCUUACAUGAAGUAAAAUCCCCAACAAUGUGAUUGAUUUGUUGUUUGAGUGUUUCUGGAUGAUUUGCUUGUAUAAUAGAUUUUACUGCAUCUGUGACUUUUAAAUAUCUUUCAUGUAAGACACUGAUUAUGUAAAGCAUUAGGGGAUUGUAUUUCUAAAUAUAGAGGGAAUAUAUGUAGAAUACUCUCUAUAUACACUGAUAAACAUGACAUAUUCAUACUCAAAGAUUACUUGUAUUGAACUCCAUGGUCUGUUUUACUCUUUGCUUUUUAUUCUUAGGACAUAGCGAGGUAAGCAGGUCAGACAGGUCAGAUUCAGAAAUACCAUCAUUUAACGUGUGAGUAUUACCACAUGUGUACAUAUUUUGAAGUACUUUUCAUGAAAAAUGGGUCACUUGCUACUCAUCGGUAAUAAUACCACUGUGACAUAUUUCUUUUAUUUUAAAAAGUGGUGCAAUUAAGGCGAAUUUGUCUUCUGCAACUGAGUACAUUAAGAGGGUCCUAAACAACGUGUGAGGGAAGGGAAGACAAUAGCAAUAGUACAUUAGGGAAGUAAGUGUGUAUGUGUGUGUCUGUGGUUUUGCAUGCAUGUCAAGAUGAGGUCUGGCAAUAGUUAAGAAGUCUCUUUGUUUGAGUAGACUGGGUGGAGCCCCUCCCACACUUAGUCCAAAUCACAGACACAAACCAUCUUUAUUUUACAGUAAUUGGCUCAAACGCACAUGUACACACAUACAUGUAUACAUGCAAACUAUUUCCACAACGCCAGUCAAGAUGUCAAGAACGUAAAAGCUUUUGACAUAAAAAUAUUGUGCACUAAAGACUUGUUUAUUUACAGCUGGUACCAUAAUGAAGUCCUAAAGUUUGGGACACGAAAGUCUGACAAAUUAAAGUGUUAAAGUGUUAAUAAAAGACAAAAGGGCACUUAAAAUUUUUCUUAGUGCAGUUUAUAUUGAAACACGCUUAAUGUCUUUAUAUUGGCCAAACAUAAAACAGGCUCUCAUUUACUUCGCCGGCCACUCCAGGUAUUAUGAUCAAUAGUCACUAAUAAAACCAGUCACUAGAUGGCAGACUAGACCAUACUGUAUGUACAGAAACAAAAGUGAACUAUAAUCUGAUUGGUCAUACCAAACAGAUUAUACACAA